AUGAAACAAUACUCAGUAAUUGGAGAUAAAUUUCAACCUACUUGGAGUAAAGAAUGGUAUUAUAUUCAUGACUACGCUGGAUAUAACUCUUACAAACUUCGUGACCAGAAUGGAAAUGUUCUGAAGUAUUCUAUUAAUGGAAGACAACUCAAACAUUAUCAUGAUCCUCUUGGAGAAAUUUAUCAAGAAAUACUUGCACAUCAACCUUUUGGAAUGAUUACCUUUUCUACCUUUGGAUUACUCGCCUGCGAUAAUACAGGAAAUGAAACCAAUAUUACGCUCUUAGAUUUAUUAAUGCAACCUGGAUUUACCAAAGAUGUUGAACUCGAUACUUCUUUUCUAUUGGACACUCAAACAACUGUCGAACCUCUUGAAGUACCUCUUGAACCAUUGAAUGCCUUUAUUGUUACCUCAUCUGAAGAUGAAUUUAAAGUUAAACAAGAAGAUAUUGAAGAAGAAUCAGAAUUUGUAAGUUCUGAUAGUUCAACCACCUCUGAAGAAAAACCUGAAGCAUCUACAUCUAUCGUAGAAGAAGUUAAAUCAACCUUGGGAAAAGAUUGGCUGACUCAACUUAAAGAAGCAGUACUAUCAAUUUAUAAUAAUCCUUUGGACAAUAAUAAUCAAAUGAUGCAACAAUAUUAUAAACUUGGAUAUAUACUCUCAGUACAACCUCAAAAAUACUCAAGAGAAAUAUUAGAAAUUAAAAAAAAUAUUGAAGAUACUCUUGGAAAACGUAUACAUGAUAGAUCAUACAAUGUUACUCAUAAAGUAUACUUUAUUUACAACUCAGAAGAAGAAGCCUUUGACAAUAGAUUUGAGUUUACACCAACCAAGUUGCUACAACUAGUAAAUACUUUUCUCUUUGACCGUAUCAAUACUCAAGAAGAACAACUUGACUUAAUUGAACAAUUCUAUCAACGGUUCAUCCACCAAGACUUUACUUUUCAACCAAGAACACCAUCUGUUAGUAGUGAUAUUGACGGAUAUUAUUCUGAAACCAAAAACUCAGAAGAUUCACCAGCAUCCCCAGAACAACUUAUAUUAACCUCAGAACCAGAAGAAACUAGUAGUUCUUCAGAAGAAGAUAACCAACCAGAAUCAGAAGAAAAUAAUAGCAUACAUUCUGUAACAACUGAAAAUAAUUCAGAUUCAGAAGAAGAACCUGAUCAGAACAUCAUGAUACAAAAUCAACCCCAAGAUUUAGAUGGACUUAUUGCUGCUCUUGGAGCAUUAACUAAUAGUAUGGCUGCACAGAAUAACCGGCCUAUGGAGAAGAUUAUAAUUCCAAUUAGAAAAUACCGAGGAAAUGAUCAAGAUCCAACAGAAUGGCUGAAAGACUUUAAUAUUGCCACCCAAGCUAAUGGUAUUACUGAUGCCAGAAAAGUACAGUUAGUCAGAGGAUAUCUAGAAGGUGCUGCUGCUUUAUGGUAUGAUGAAAGAGGAAGAAAUAAUGCCACCCGACUGACAGCCUGGAGUGAUAAUCAGGAUCAACCACAUAGUUUCAGUCAUCAAUUUACAGCUCACUUCAGAACUCGAGAAAGAAUUGACCAAUGGCAAGAUGAAAUUGAAACCUUACAACAAACUGGUACUGUGGAAGAAUACACAGACAAAUUCAUUAAUCUACUUCGAUAUCAUCAAUCCCAGACUCAGGAUAACUCAACACUAAAUGCUAUAUUGGUAGCACUUCAAGGUCUCAACCAGCGAAUAGAAAGUAUUGAAACCAAUAAAGGAUCCAAUUACAACAGAAAUAAUUCAGGUUAUAGGUCUAAUAAUCAAAAUCCUAAACCAGUCUCAACCUGUUAUAAUUGUGGUGAGCCAGGUCAUAUCCAUCCUAAUUGUCCUAAGUUACAAUCAUACCGGAAUAAUCAGAACAACUUUGGAAAUAAUCGCCAGAGAAUGAAUGGAAAUAAUCAGCAACAAAAUAAUGUACCACCAAAUCAGGCAAAUGUUGGCAAUAACCAAGAUGUAAAUAAUAAUCAGAAUGCAUUAUUGGCUCAAAUACAAGCUCUUACUGAUAGUAUUCAAACAUUAACUGCCAAACCUGAUAAUGUAAAUUCGUUACUUGGUACACAUGAAUACUUGGCUGCUGAAAGGAAAUCCAGAAAUUCCAGAACUACUCCUUAUGGAACCAGACCUGUAGGUCGACCCCGUAAAGAAAUAGAUAUGAAUAAUGCUGGACCAUCCAAAACUGUAGAAGAAGAACUUGCUAAAAAGAUUAUUCGCAAAAAGAAAAGUAAAAUUGCUUUACCUGUACUCGCUACCAUGGCUGAACCAUAUGAUAUUCUAGAAGAUUUGGCUCAACAAAAAGCAAAUAUAACUGUCGCUCAGCUUAUUCAGACCUCACCAUCACAAAGAACUCAAUUAUCAAAAGGAAUGCGCCAUACUACAACCCUCAAGCCAAAAAGAAAAAGAAGAGUAUUACUUGGACAAAAACUUAAAACCACAUCUGUCUGGUGUGAAGCAAAAGUUGGAAAGAAUAUCAUUGAUUUAAUCAUUAAUACUGGUGCCUCUGGAUGUGUUGCUACACAUAGCUUUAUUAAAGAUCUAGGAUUAAAAAUUCAACGCAGUUCAAAUAUUUCAAUGUCUGAUAUAAAUGGUGUAUCUAAACAACCUCUUGGAGCUAUCGACAACCUACUCUUGAAUAUUGAUGGAAUCGUAAUUCCUACUGAAGUAGAUAUUACUGAAGCAAAAACAUACUCAGUAAUU